UCUCCUGUUUUUAUCUGAAGAAGAAGAAGCGCUCUGAGUUGGUGAUUAGUGUGCACUUCUUUCCUCUAAAUCAGAAGCCAUGCCUGUAAAGAAGGUAGUGAUAGUUCCAGGUAAUGGAGCAGGAGAUGUUGUACACAGUAACUGGUACGGCUGGGUCAAUAAACAGAUUAAUCAGAUUCCUGGUGUGUGCAGUGAGCUGAGAAACAUGCCAGACCCUGUGACGGCCAGAGAGAGCAUAUGGCUGCCGUUCAUGGAGAAGGAGCUGCAGUGUGACGAGGAGACGGUGAUCAUCGGCCACAGCUCAGGCGCUGCUGCUGCUAUGAGGUACAGCGAGACACACAAGGUGUUCGGCAUCAUCCUGGUGGGCGCCUACACUUCCGACCUGGGAGAUGAGAACGAGAGAGAGAGCGGAUAUUUCAGCCGGCCAUGGGAGUGGGAGAGGAUCAGAGCUAACGUGAGACACAUCGUCCAGUUCGGCUCCACGGACGAUCCUUUCCUGCCGUGGGAGGAGCAGCAGGACGUAGCAGACGGACUGAAGGCAGAGCUUCAUAAAUACACAGACCGUGGACAUUUUCAGAACUCGCGUUUCCCAGAGCUUAUCAGCGCUGUACAGAAACUGAUAACGGCUGGAUAAAGGAAUAAAGCUUUGAAGAGAAGCG